AUGCAAAGAGAGAGUAGCGGUCGUAAAGAGUUGAGGCGUAAAGAAGGCGCAGAGCGGCUUUUAGAAUACUAUACGGGAAUCUUGGGUGAGUGCGGUGCUGUGAUUGAGAAGUUGAAAGAACCGUUGCCAAUCACUUUUAGAGUGAUUCCUGGGCCAUGGGGAGAUAUUAUUAGUGCUGAGGCCGAAAGAAAUCGAUUGGUUCGAAGACUACCUUGGGGAGAGAGGAUCUAUGAAGUUUGCUUAUCUAGAAAAGACUUAACCGGUAAGGGGAUUCGCACUAACCAGCAUAGUUUAGAUAAAGAUGACUUGAUGCAAAUUAGUCAGUUUCUUAGAACGUUCUGUGAAAGCUCGUUGAUCACUCGGCAAGAGGCAGUUUCAAUGAUUCCUGUUUAUGCCUUGGAGAUAGAGCCAAACUCAAUCGUUUUGGAUAUGUGCGCAUCGCCUGGUUCUAAAUCAUCUCAAAUCUUGGAGUCGCUAGGACCAGAUGGAGUGGCUCUUUGCAAUGACGUGAACACACGACGAGUCGACCAGCUAAUCAAGCAAACCAAACGAUUUGGGCACCCCGGGCUCCUUGUGUCGUGCAACGAUGCUACCAUGUACCCUCACCCCGGAGUUGUGCCCAAUAGAGUACUAUGCGAUGUGCCCUGUUCAGGAGACGGCACACUCAGAAAGAAUCCCCAUAUCUUUGAGACGUGGUCGUCUAAAGAGGCUUUAGGUCUUUUCAAAGUUCAGAAGAAGAUUAUCAGACGGGGCUUCGAUUUAUUAGCCGAAAACGGCAUUCUUGUUUACUCGACUUGCUCCUUGAACCCGAUCGAAAAUGAACUAGUUAUCAUGAGUCUGCUUGCCGAACGGCCUCAGGCCAAAAUCGUCCCAUUUGAUAUUGAAGGUCUGAUUGCCCGUGACGGUCUCUCUGAAUCGGCUAUCCGAGCCGCCAUUACUCUAUCAGCUGGUGACCAAGAAAUGCAAACUCUCCCCUACCACCCCAGCAUUAAGAACUGCCGAAGAGUCCUUCCUAACGAUCAAAACACCGGCGGAUUCUUUAUCACCAAAAUCCGAAAGCAGCCAGCACCAACCACUACUACCACAACAAACUCCCUAGCCAAUGCAACCACUACAUUGCCUACCACUACAUUGCCUACCACUCCACAGUCCCCCAUUAACCCAGCCACCGCCUCGACUACUCCAAUUAGAGGAGAAAAGAGCAUCGAAGAGUCUUACCUCUUUAUGGUUGAUGCGGCCAAAAGAGAAGAGAUAGAAGGGCAGUGGGGAGCAGUUGAUACCAAUUUAGUUGCCAAAACGGACAAAUACAAGAAUGUUUAUGCUCUUAACUCCGUCGGUAUGAACAUUGCCCAGCGAGCUCCCGGCGCUCUGCGUCUUGUCUUUGCGGGUACUCGUGUCUUCUCCCUCUUUUGGAAGACCAAAGACAACCAAGAAGAAGGAAAAUGGCGAAUGACCUGUGAAGGAAUUGCCGCAAUUGCCCCGCGAACCACUCGGGUCUUCCACACCUCCUAUCGCAACAUCCUCUCGGUUUUAGAAGCGGAUCAAGAGCUCCCUGAAAUCACAAAUCAGUUCGGAUUGUUUCUGUUAGUUGCUAAGCCUUCCAACCCCAGUUCAAAUCCAAUAGUUACAGUUCCAGUAGCCAUUAAAGGAUCGCAUGUGGAGGUUCUUAUUGAGAAGAUUCAAAGACGAACCCUCACCGCCGCCCUCAGGCUCCUUCUCAAAUAUGAUGGCAACCAGCAAGAUGCCGCGCAAGUACCCGCUGCCGCCAAAACAUCUAUAUAA